AUGUUACUUUAUAGAAAGGCGCGGGAUAUUCUGUUAAAGUGUAACUUUCGGACGCACUACAUAAAAGUGGAUUGCUCCAUCAUGCCUCUUCCACCGGCUUUGCUUUCACGACUUAAGAAACGUGGUAUUGUUGCCGCUGACCCACAAGAGGAAGCUGUCGAGGAAGUUUUUGCCGAAAAUUAUGAUGAGGAAAGUGAACCUGUAUUGCCAGUAUCGUUUGACAAACCUGUUAGCGUCAAAAAGUGCCACACAGUUAGUCCUGUUCCCAUAAUUGAGAAUGGAAUUCUAAUUCAUGAAUGUGCUGAGUGUCCCAAUCAAACUAAUCCGUAUCAUAUCUGUUCUCCAUAUUGUUACGAACGAUAUGGACGUCGGAAGUUUAACACUGAUAUGGCUAAUAUGCGUCUUAAAAGCAGAAUGCUACGUCGUUAUCCACUUCCAAGUCAUUGGAUUGAAGUUGGCGAUCCGGUAACUGGAAGAUUCUAUUACUGGAACACUAAAACGGAUGAUGUGUGUUGGCUGUCUCCAUUGCAUCCACGUGCCAAAAUUGGUCAACCUGGUAGUAUUGUUCGAGCAAAUAUGCUACGUGAACGUGAUGCUGCUCGAGCUGCAGCUGAAGCUGCAACUGCUGCAGUUUUAGCUGCAGAACGGAAAGGUUCACGUCGCAGAUCUAAUGAUUCUGACAAUAGUCGAUCAGUUAGUGGAAGCGAAGAUGACUCUGAUGAGGAGCUAAAAGAUUCCAAGCGGUCUAGGCGUGAAAUAUCAAGAUCACCUGAGGAUGCAGACAGAACUUCAUACAGACGAAACACUUCUCGCUGGCAAGAUUCUCAGUUCGAAAAUAGUUAUCAGAAACACUCAUCUAGUGACUAUUAUGAUCAAAAUGAAACACUGAAUGACCGUGAAACCCAAACACGAAAAUCAUCGAAUCCAACUAAUAUUACCGAAUAUGGUCAAUUAAGGGAGGAAGAAGUCGAUGAGGAUGACGAGUAUCCUGAUGGAGUUCCUUUGACGGAAGAUUAUUAUAAUAAUAAUAAUCCAAAUAUUGUGGCUAAUUCUGAUCCACAAAAUUCUAAAAACGAUCCUCCACCACCUCCUCCUCCAACACCACCAGCACAUCCCCCAGCGUAUUCGUGUACUCAAUGGAACCGACCACUUGAACCACCCUCAUUGUUUGCAGCUCAGCUAAAUGAUCAAUCUGAGGAUGGUAAUCACAACAUCUCACGUCAAUGGGAUCGGCAUGCAGAAGCAUUAGAAGGGCGUUCAAGAAAUCGAGACAGGGAUAGAAAACGUCGGGCAGCAACUGUUGGACCUUUAGAUCCCAUGGAUCCAGCUUCUUAUGGUGAUGUACCACGUGGGACAUGGAGCUCAGGUUUGGAGGGAAUUAGUGGAGCACCGUCAGCUAAGACGGGUGUGGAUAUCACUGCUUCUGGACCAUUGUUUCAACAGCGACCAUACCCUAAUCCUGGUGACGUUUUACGUGCAAAUGCUUCAGCUAGAGCUCAUGAAGAGCAUGAUCAGUCUAGUGAUUAG